AUGUGCAACCCUAUCGUGACAAUACCAGCCAGUCGGGAGCGCUUGGAGAAGGCCCUUACCCAGGCCAAGGUGGACAAACUCGGGCAAGAUAAGCAGCAAGCGGUAGGGUUAGCCAGCGGACAACCGGUGGCAAAAACUGAAAUGAAUACACAACAAAGCACAAAUCGGACUGCGGCGAAUCGAAACAGGACAAAAAGCGGUGGUAAAUCGCAAGAACUUUGGAGCGAACAAGAUACGAUAAACCAAAUCGACGAAGGCCCAACCAGCGAUGUUACUACGUCAAUGGAAGCUAUCGACGAAUACGCAUACCCGGAUUAUCGCGGGAAAGGUUGCAUGGAUGAGAAUGGUUUUGUUUUUGCGAUCGGAGAGGAAUUCACACCAGGACCGUCGACUUGUCCCUGUCUCUGCACAGAUGAAGGUCCGAUGUGCUCCAAACCGGAUUGUCCGAGAGUUCAUCCCCGCUGUAUCAAAGUGGACACGAGCCAGUGCUGUCCGCAGUGCAAGGAGAAAAAAAACUACUGCGAAUUCCGAGGAAAAGUUUACGCUUCACUGGAGGAGUUCAAGGUGUCUCCUUGUGAGAAGUGUCGCUGUGAGCCCAGUGGGGAGGUGCUGUGUUCUGUCUCUGCUUGUCCUCAAACCGAGUGUGUGGACCCCGAGUACGAGCCCGACCAGUGCUGUCCUAUCUGCAAAACAGGUCCAAACUGCUACGCCGACACCGCUGUGAUCCCAGCCGGUCGGGAGGUCAAAAUCGAUGACUGUACCAUCUGCUACUGCACAUACGAGGAGGGCACAUGGCAGAUCGAACGCCAGGCCACAUGUAGCAAGAACGAGUGCCAACGCAGCUAA